AUGGCCGAGGGACAUCAUUCCUGGCAAUUCCUCGUGUCCAGCUGUUUACGCCGAUGCGCGUACAUAUAUAGAUUAAUCUCUUUAUCUAAUCAAAAUGUCACUUCUGGUGGUUGGUCGAAUCCUGUUAAGAGAAAAGUAGCAUCUGGAAUGGCUAUCCUUGAGCCUGGAUGGUAUUCCAGCAUGGGUCAAGGUCACGCGAUAUCAGUGCUGGCGCGCGCGUAUCAUCAUUCUGGCGAAGCAAAGUACUUACAAGCCGCUAUUAGAGGCUUGCGACCUUUUAGACUAUCCUCUGCUAAAGGAGGAGUGGCAGCGCUGUUUUUAGGUAAAUACAUCUGGUACGAGGAGUAUCCUACAAUCCCCUCCUCUUUCAUUCUUAACGGUUUUAUUUAUUCGCUUAUCGGUCUCUACGAUCUGAAAAUGAUUGCGACAGUUAAAGACGCGGAGGAAGCGUCGAGACUCUUCAAUCAGGGCAUGGCAUCGUUAAAGAAUAUGUUAACGUUAUACGAUACCGGUUCAGGCACAACAUAUGAUUUACGUCAUUUCACUUUAAAAACAGCACCCAAUUUAGCUAGAUGGGAUUACCAUUCUACUCACAUUAAUCAACUCCUUCUUCUCAAUUCUAUCGACAAUGAUCCUAUUUUUAUUACGACCGCAGAAAGAUGGAUAGGAUACAUGAAUGGCAAAAGAGCGGCACACAAUUGAUCUAUGCAUUUAGAUAGAAUAUUCCAUCCCUUUCUUUUUUCUCCUUAUUUAUUUCAAUCAUUUUUUUAUUAUCUCUUAUAUAU